AUGAAAAACCAUACAAUGGUGACAACAUUUAUACUUUUAGGACUAACAGAUGAUAAUAACUGGCAAAUAGUAAUUUUCCUUUUUCUAUUUCUAACCUAUGUAUUGAGUAUCAUUGGAAAUAUGACAAUUAUUCUCCUCACCCUACUGGAUUCAACACUCAAAACACCAAUGUAUUUCUUCCUUCGGAAUUUUUCAUUUUUAGAAUUGUCAUUUACAUCAGUCUGGAUUCCUAGGUACCUGUUCAGCAUUGCCACUAGGAAUAAGAAGAUUUCUUAUGAUGCUUGUAUGACACAAUUAUUUUUUGCCAUCUUCUUCGGUGCAUCAGAGUUUUUCAUCUUGACUGCCAUGUCUUAUGACCGCUAUGUAGCCAUUUGCAAACCUCUUCACUAUGCAACAAUUAUGAACAGCAGAGUGUGUAACCAAUUGGUUAUUAUCUCUUGGCUAGCUGGAUUGUUGGCAAUCUCUCCUGGACUUAUCAUGGGUUUGGGAUUGGAAUUCUGUGAUUCCAAUAGUAUUGAUCAUUUUGGAUGUGACUAUUCACCUCUUCUGAAACUCUCCUGCACUGACACACGGACCAUAGAAUUGUUAGGUUUUAUUUCAGCCACUAUCAUCUUGUUAAUUACACUGGCACUGGUGGUCCUCUCUUACACAAUCAUUAUAAGAACAAUUCUGAAGAUCCCUUCUGCUCAACAGAGGAAGAAGGCUUUUUCAACCUGUUCCUCACAUAUGAUUGUUGUUUCCAUCUCUUAUGGUAGCUGCAUUUUUAUGUAUAUUAAACCUUCUGCAGAGGAGAGGGUAGCUUUAAACAAGGGCAUAGCAGUGCUCAACACUUCAAUUGCACCUCUCUUAAAUCCUUUUGUAUAUACCCUAAGAAAUAAGCAAGUUAAACAAGCUCUGCAGAAUAUGAUCAAAAAAUGCAUCUCUAUUACCUUACAAAAAUAG